AUGAGAGAGGACCAAGGAUUGAGAAGCCACGUCUUGAGAGGGCUAGAGUUGAGAAACCACGAUCUGAUGAGAAACCAGCUGAUAGGCCAAGAGCUGAUACUUGUUCAAGCCCCUUGUGUGCUUGAUGAAGAGAGCCUUCAAGCUUUGUUUGAUGAGCCACUAGGAAGGGCUCUAAAAGAAGGGGAGGAUGCAGCCUCUAAGGCAAGACCAGGGAUAAAAGAAAGGAUCCACCAGCUCAGGCCCCUUCAGUCAAGCCAUCUCAGCUCACAAUGA